AUGAUCUUCACGUGCUGCCUGCUCAUCCUGGGCGGCGUGCUCUGCGCCGCGGCGUACGCGGGCGACGGCCGCGCCACGAUCUGGUUCCUCGUGGCCGCGCGUCUCAUCUUGGGCAUCGGCAUCGGCGGCGAGUACCCGCUGGCCGCCAGCUCCACCGCCGAGGACUCCACCGACUCGGCCGACCGCAACACGUCCGGAGUGGGCCAGGUCACGGCUGCCAUUCUGGGCAACCUGCUGGUGCAGGCCUUCGCCGACGGCAAGCCCGGCGAGAACAGCGGCUCGCGGCUCGAGGCCGUGUGGCGCAUCCUGUUCGCCAUCGGCGUCAUCCCCGCCCUCGUGGUCUGCUACUUCCGCUUCACAGCCGAGGAGUCCGCCGCGUACAAGAAUGCGCACCAGCGCGGCCAGAUCGCGCAGGCCACGACGCAGCAGCAGGCCCGGCUGAGCUUCAUCCUCCGCCACUACGGCGUGAGUCUGCUGGGCACGGCCGGCACGUGGUUCCUCUUCGACAUCGUCUACUACUCGCAGAAUCUGUUUUCGACCAGCAUCCUCAAGGUGGUGGGGCUCAGCAACCCGUCGCUGCAGCAGGUGACCACGGAGGUGGCGUUUGUGUCGCUCAUGGCCCUGCCCGGCUACUUCGUGGCCGUGUACGCCAUCAACCGCCCGGGCCGCAAGAAGAUGCAGCUGCAGGGCUUCUUCUUCAUGAAGAUCCUGUGCCUCGUGAUGGCCAUCUUCUGGGACGACCUCAAGGAGCACUCCAUCCUCUUCAUCAUCCUCUACGGACUCACGCUCUUCUUCUCCAACUUCGGCCCCAACAUGUCGACGUUCGUGCUGCCCACUGAGAUCUACGGCUACUCCGGCGCCUUCUACACCUUCGCGGCGAUCUCUUUGGUUUCCAUCCCGCUCACGUGGUUCUGCGUGUUCGACAACACCAAGGGCAUCGAUGAGAUGGACGCCGACUUCUACCAGAAGCUGCACGGCGCCGACGACUUCACCCGCGAGUCGUUUAACUCGCUGGCCAAGAUCAGCGACGCCGGGAGCGUCAACAUGAACACGACGCCGGGUGCCUACAAGCAGGUGUUCACGCCCACGACGCUGGUGUAA